CAUCUCCACUGAAUGUACACCAAGUCUACAACUCUCUCUUGAUUGUUCUCCCUGAUUACAAAGCACACUCAAAACUCAUCUCUACCUAGCUAGCUAGCUACAAGGAGCAUCGAUCGCUAUGGCCAAGGACAUUGAAGUUGGAGGGCAAGGUGGUUUCUCCGCCAAGGACUACCACGACCCACCACCAGCACCACUGAUUGACGCUGUGGAGUUCACCCAAUGGUCCUUAUACAGAGCCAUUAUUGCUGAGUUCAUUGCCACCCUCUUGUUCUUGUAUAUUACUGUUCUAACUGUGAUUGGAUACAAGAGCCAAACUGACGAAACCAAGGGCGGGGAGGUUUGUGGUGGGGUUGGGAUUCUUGGCAUUGCUUGGUCCUUUGGCGGCAUGAUUUUCGUCCUUGUUUACUGCACAGCCGGUAUUUCAGGAGGGCACAUUAACCCGGCGGUGACAUUCGGGCUGUUACUUGCUCGGAAGGUCUCACUGGUCCGAGCAAUAUUGUACAUGGCGGCUCAGUGCUUGGGAGCCGUAUGCGGAUGCUGGUUGGUAAAGGCAUUCCAGAGCGCUUACUACAGCAAGUACGGCGGUGGUGCUAACGAGCUGUCCGCUGGUUACAGCAAGGGCACUGGAUUAGUCGCCGAAAUCAUUGGCACAUUCGUGCUUGUAUACACUGUCUUUUCUGCCACUGAUCCCAAGAGAAAUGCAAGAGAUUCCCAUGUUCCUGUAUUGGCACCACUUCCAAUCGGAUUUGCCGUGUUCAUGGUUCACCUGGCCACCAUUCCGAUCACCGGAACUGGUAUUAAUCCUGCUCGAAGCUUUGGAGCUGCCGUGAUCUAUGGCAAGGAAAAGGCAUGGGAUGACCAUUGGAUUUUCUGGGCCGGACCAUUCAUUGGUGCUGCAAUUGCUGCAUUCUAUCACCAGUACAUUUUGAGAGCUGCCGCUGCUAAAGCUCUUGGGUCCUUCAGAAGCUCUUCCCACAUGUAAAUCACCAAAUAUACGCGCCUCUGUGCUCAACAAUUAAUGCUUCCAAGAGCCGUGACACUUCUAUAUAUAUGGAAAGGGAGAGUUCAAAACCAUGGAAUUUGUACAAGACUAUUAUACUAUGUUCAUGGCGAGGAUGUCCAUUUGCCUUACUUCUGUGUGCUGGCCCUCGUUUUAAGUGUGUCCUAAAUUUCUAGUGUCGCUGUCGUGUCCUAAAUUCCCCUGUAAUUAUUCUCUUAUCUGUCUGUUCACUGUCUACCCGUGAUGUUAUGGUUGAAUUUAUCAAAAGGUGCUUUGUAUUUCCUUC